AUGGGAAUGCAGCAGCUCAGCGGAAUUGAUGGAGUUCUCUACUACGCCCCCCUCCUCUUCGAACAAGCUGGUCUAAUUUCCUCAGAAGCCAGUUUCUUCGCAUCUGGCGUUUCCGCCAUCGUUAUCUUUGCAGUUACCAUCCCCGCCCUCAUCUGGGCCGACGAAUGGGGUCGCAGACACAGCAUCGUCUACGGUGGGCUCGGCCUCAGCAUCACAAUGUUCCUAAUCGGCGCCCUCUACGCCUCCCAAACCGUCCACAGCUCCACUGGCGCCGGCCGGUGGGUCGUCAUUGUCUCCAUCUACAUCUUUGCCGUGAUCUACUCCCUCAGCUGGGCCGUGGGGAUCAAGAUCUACGCGGCUGAGAUCCAACCGCAGCGCACGCGCGCAUCCGCAACUAGUCUUGCGCACGGCAGUAAUUGGACGACAAAGUUUCUGGUUGCGUUGACGACGCCAAUUUUAUUGUCGACUAGUAGUUUUGGCGCGUACUUCCUGUUCGGAGGGUGUGCGCUUCUCACGGCGUUUAUUUGUGCGGUGUUCAUGCCGGAGACCAAGGGGAGGUCAUUGGAUGAGAUUGAGGAAGCGUUCAAAUGGAAGGUUGUCGGAAUACAGAAUCUGGCGAAAGUGUUUCCACUUCUGAGAUAG